UUCCUGAUUUAGAAAGAUAGUAAAUGCUGACACCUAGUGACAAAAACAGAACCAUUCUGUCCCCGGAACCUAAGUGUCCUAGCUGAGGCGAUCUUCGGAGUUAUUUAUGAGACGGACCCCACUAGCCAAUGCUAAGCGAUGCUAGGCCUUCAGAAGCUAACACGUCUAAUUAAACUCCUUUAUUUCAGUCUGCUCUGAAGUACUCAUGUUAUCUCGCAAGCAGAAACGCGUGUGGAGGUACGUGGAGGAGGGCAGCGUGCUGAAGCUGAAGUCGUACCUCCGGAGGCACCGGGACCUGGAUGUGAACUUCUCCCACGGCCGGAGGGAGAGGAGCCCGCUGCACCUCGCCUGCUGCCUGGGAGACGACGCUGCGCUGCGGCUGCUGCUCAGACACGGAGCCGAUGUCCUCCAGAAGAACCGCAAAGGAGACACGGUGUUACACGUAGCCGUCAACAAGGCUCUGAAAAACAACAAUACAGCGUAUAAUGACCUAGUAGAGCCUCUCCAAAACAGUUGUCCAGAAGCUUUGGAUACUCCCAACAAUGCUGGAGUCACACCUCAAGACCUGCUGGACUGGAGGAAACAAACAAAGGCUGCUGAAAACAUGAGUCGUCCAUCUGAAAAAGACCCCCAGAAGGAGUGGAUCGAAAAGCUGUUUGGGGAAUGCGUGGAUGAGUUCCAUGAAACCUUUGCUGAUGAUUAUCUUCCUGUCGAUGAUGAUGAGGAAGACUUUGGGGACUGGGCUGACCGUAUUAGAAGAGAUUAUUAUGAUAAGAAGAUCGCUGAAACUCAGAGACUGGCAGCUUCGUCUUCUGGGUGGAAAAAGAAAAAGAAGAGUGAUCAAGAGAGAGAGCAGGAGGCGCAGAGCCACAAGGAGCUGCACGAGAAGCUGCAGAGGGAACACGAAGAGUACCUGGCACGAGCCAAACGUAAAGAGGAAGAGACUAAACUGGGUAAAAAGCGCACGUACGAUGAAAAGUGCGCGGCUACUUUUGAUGGUGGCUCUUCGUCUAAAGACACAAAGCUGAGCUACAGCGACAUCCCCUGGCCGGCUCCACGAGGCACCGUGCAGGAUAUGCUGGAUGUGAUGCUGCACGGCGUGGACAGGAACGACGUGCCGGUGUUCCGUAAAAUGCUCCUGAAGCAGCAAGUGCUGUGGCAUCCUGACAAGUUUGCCCAGCGCUGUGAAGCUCGUUUAGAGGAGAAGGACAAACAGCGGAUUCUGGAUACAGUCACAGCGCUGUCGCAGGAGCUCAACAGUCUGGCACAGAGCCUCAAGUCUUAAAAUGUUAACUUUAUAUAUAAUAAGCGUAUUUUCUGGACAAUAGAACUGUUGCAUUAAAGCAGUGGUUCCCAAAGUGGGGGGCAAAGAGGCAUGACAGGGGGCGCGAGAGACCAGGAGGAAAAAUGGUUAUUAAAAAAUAAAAA